AUGCCCCGUGUUGCUCCCGGUCAGAGGAAACGAGCCUUUCGACCUAAAACCCGAUCGGGGUGCCAGACAUGCAAGUGGGUAUCCCUCCCGUCUAGACCCAGUCCGUCUGAAAAUGCUCGGGCGGCAGGCCGGUGUCUGUGUCGUGUACGGCGAGUGAAAUGUGAUGAGGCCAGCCCAGCUUGCUAUCCAUGUCUCUCGACAGGCCGAAAAUGUGAUGGCUACGGGCCCAACACGGAAGAACCGCCAGUCCUUUCCAGUGCAUUGAUAGGCGCAGUGAGCCGAUCUCCAUCGAUGGGAUACCAAGGUACGGGGAAGGAACGUCGGUCAUUUGACUUCUUUCGACAAAACACCGCGCCCCAACUGUCGGGAUUCUUGGGUGGGGAUUUCUGGGAGAGGCUCCUGCUCCAGGCGGCUUUGCACAAUCUUUCAAUUCGACAUGCAAUCCUCGCUCUAGGCUCCUUGCAUGAAAGAUUUCAACAAGACAAUGGCUUGAUGAUGCAAAGUCAGAGUAAUGGAUGGACCGAUGAUUUUGCUUCCAAAAACUAUAGUCAGGCAAUCAAGCUCCUCGUCGAACCGCUCUCGCAGGACGGCCAACAAGCAAUCGACGUUUGGCUGAUAUGUUCAAUCCUGUUUGCAUGUCUUGAGACAAUGCAAUGCAGCUAUGGUGCCGCUAUCACACACGUCCAGAGUGGCAUGAAGAUACUGUGUGAGGUGAAGUAUAACAAGGAAACCCGUCGGCACGAACAUGAUGUCCUGGGAGCAUCAGAAAGUCCAUAUGUGUCUAUAGAAAGGGUCGAAGACAUGUUCGUGCGUCUGGACCAUCAAGUAACCCAGAUGGUGACUGGGCCGAAAUGGGAAAUCUACGAGUCAAUGAAAAGAUUUGCCCAGCAACGACAGAUCCCAGCUAUAUUCUCGAGUUUAUCAAAGGCCCGAGAAUCACUCGUAUCUCAAUGGCAUGUAGCUUCUUACUCCACAAACAAUAGAUGGGAUCUUACGAAUGAGACAAUUCCGGUGGUUCCUCAGGCUGGGCCCUGGCAGAAGAAAUCCAGCAGCAUUCUAGCGAGAUGGUCUUCAGCAUAUGAUGCCUACUUAGACAUUCGAGGCGACAAUCUGACGCAUCAAAAAAGGAAAGGCACUGCUGCUCUGCGCAUCCUGAAAGAGCUUGGUUCUACGGCGAUAACGCUCACACGAACGAAGGUCGAUGAUCAAAUGGAUUGGGACAUCUUCUGCCCCAUGUUUCGGAAAAUCGUCUCCCUGGUGGAGGAUAUCCUUAAGCUUGACCUAGAACCAACUGCCGCAACGCCAACUAACUGCGUUGACAUGGCCCUUGUCCGACCUUUAUUUGAGGUCUCCUGUCGCUGUAGAGACCCCAUCAUUCGCCGGAGAGCAAUCUCACUCCUUCAAAAAUCCCAUCGAAAAGAAGGGGUUUGGCAUGCUUUUCCCACUUCCAAGGUUGCUCAACGAGUUCUAGAUAUUGAAGAAGCUGGGUUGCAGAACGUGAGAAGCCACGAGGAUGUCCCAGGCUGGGCUCGCAUAUCGAACGUAUCACCGAUUUUUGAUCCCAAUGAGCAGAGGGCGACUCUGACCUACAGUUGGUCGGGAGGGCACGAUCUGGGGAGCCAGACGAUAGAGGAGGUGGUUGAAUGGUAG